CGAGCCGGCGCUGCGGCCGCGGUACCGGCGCUGUUCUUGCGGACGGACUGACGGACGGGGCGGGCUCCCCGAGCCCCGCGCGGAGCCGGCGAGGGACCCGCGACCAGGGCUGGGCCGCUGCCGCCCCUGCGAGGCCCCGCGGAGCCGCGCCUGCUCUCGCCGCUGUCUCGGUCUCCUGCCUCCAGAGCCCAGGCCUGGGGGCUGCCCGGGAGGAUGGGCGCCUGUGGGAGGAAGGCCCUGACCCUGCUGAGCAGUGUCUUUGCCGUGUGCGGCCUGGGCCUGCUGGGCAUCGCCGUCAGCACGGACUACUGGCUGUACCUUGAGGAGGGCGUGGUCAUGGCCCAGAACCAGAGCACCGAGCCCAGGAUGUCGCUGCACUCGGGCCUGUGGCGGGUCUGCUUCCUGGCAGGUGAGGAGCAGGGGCGUUGCUUCACCAUUGAGUACGUGAUGCCCGCGAGUGCCCAGCUGACCUCGGAGUCCACGGUCAGCGUACUAAAAAUGAUUCGCUCGGCCACCCCAUUCCCCCUGGUCAGCCUCUUCUUCAUGUUUAUCGGCUUCAUCCUGAGCAACAUCGGACACGUUCGUCCCCACAGGACAAUCCUGGCCUUUGUCUCUGGCAUCUUCUUUAUCCUCUCGGGCCUCUCCCUCGUCGUGGGCCUGGUGCUCUACAUCUCCAGCAUCAACGACGAGAUGCUCAACAGGACCAGGGACGCGGAGACCUACUUCAGCUACAAGUACGGCUGGUCCUUCGCCUUCGCCGCCAUCUCCUUCCUGUUAACCGAGAGCGCCGGGGUGAUGUCCGUGUACCUGUUCAUGAAGAGGUACACCGCCGAGGACCUGUACCGGCCUCACCCCGGCUUCUACCGCCCGCGUCUGAGCAACUGCUCCGACUACUCGGGCCAGUUCCUGCACCCGGAUGCCUGGGCCCGGGGCCGCAGCCCCUCCGACCUCUCCAGCGACGCCUCCCUGCAGAUGAACAGCAGCUACCCAGCGCUGCUCAAGUGCCCGGACUACGACCAGAUGUCCACCUCCCCGUGCUGAGCCGCGGCCUUCCCUGGACCGCGGCCCGCACAGCCUUCCCUGCCCCCGCUGGCCUGUGAUCCCCGGCGCCCCCACACCCAGCUGCUGUCGCCCGACCCGUCCCCCUCCCCGCUCUCCCCACUAGUUCCUGCACCAGUGGGGUGUCAGGAGCCGGAGAGAGGGCUGACUGGUGGAGAGUGGGGUGUAGCCAAUCACUCCGCCCUCUGCUCCCCGGGAGAGGUGGGCACCGCUGGGUCCUCCCACCCCCGACGUCUUGGCCAAGACCAAGGCCAGCGCUGCGAUGCCAGGCUCUUUCCAGAGACCCAGCCAGUCUCCUGCGCUUGCCUCCCGGCCUGGCCCUCCCUCAUGAUCUGGGCUGUGGGGCCAAAAGGUGACUGAUCCAGAGGUCCGGCUGGUUCAGAGCUGCCAGCUGAAUCCUUGCAAAGUCCUUCAUCCCUGGUGGUCACUGCGUUCCACUAGGACACACCUGUCUGCUCUCUCCAGCUCCCAAUACCCCACAGCCGGAGGGCUCUUUCCUCUUCUCCCACCAGAACUCAGCUGCCCCAAACGCUCCCAGAGGGGUUAAGGGAGUCUGGACCACUCGGGUGGGGUCACAAAGAGACACAAAGAGCGGCUGGUGAUGUCUUGGUGUGUAUGGCCCCUCAGCAACUUGUUUAACAAGGGCCUUUGAUGCCUUAACCCAGAGAAGCUACUCUGACAAUGGGAAUUUCAGGAUGGGGCUGGUCCAAGUUAAUAUUGCCAAGCACUGUAUCGGGCCCUGGGGUACUGUCCCUGCUCACAGGAGUGACAUUUCUGGUCUAAUCCUGUAGACAGACGUCUACCAGCAAAGCAGAAAGCGGGUUUCAAGAGGCCUCCUGGGGUUUGGAGCUGGAUUGCCGACACUGGAGUCUAAACAAGCCGGACUCACGAUAGUCCUCCCGAGGACCCUGUCAACGCCAGGGGGCCGGUUUAACUCUCAUAGAUGGCAGCGUCUGCCUGCUGGGAAUGGGCGUGCGUCAGCAGGUAGAAGCCGGAGAGGACGCGGCGGCGCGAUGCCCCUUUCCCCAGGAGGAAUCCGGAACGGGGAGGUGCCGGCCCCUUCCGUGAGGUCCACAGAUGGGCGCGGGAAGGGUGCCUGCAGGACGGAUCCUUGGAUCGCCUCGUGUCUUCUCAGUGCGGCCACCUCUGGAUUUGAGGCUAUCAGCAGCCGGACAAAACGGGCUCUCUGCCGCGUGUUUCUGUCACUCCAGCUGUUCUCUCUUGCUCUCUUUAAGACAGCAUUCGGUUCUCCGUGCAAAAAGCCACCGUGGGCAACAUGUGGGCUCCGGGAAGAAAUACAGAAAGCCACGCGUGCAGCCUGGGUGGCCUUGGGAAGGGCCAUGUGUCUGUUUGCUGGGCGGCCAUGGGCUGGGUGGCUUCAGCAGCAGACACUGGUUUUCUUACGGUUCUGGAGGCCAGAAGCCUGAGAUCUCGGUGCCAGCAGAUUUGGUUUCUUUCGUGGCCGUUUUCCGUGGCUUGUGGCUGGCCAUCUCCUUGAUGGGGCCUCUUGCGGUGCUUUUCCUGCAUGCCUGUAUGUCUCCUUGUGCCCAAGCCCCUCUUAGGAGGACACCCGUCAGACGGGAUGAGAGCCCAUCCUGAUGGUUCAUUUUCACUUAAAUCAGCUCGUUAAAGGCAUUGUCUCCAAAUGCAGCCAUCUCUGAGUCACAGAGGCAAGGGCCUGAAUACAGGAGUAUGGGGGCCAGGAGCAGGAAGGGGGCGAGGAGGGGGCAGGGGUCCAGUGAGGGGGGGCGAGGGGCCGGCCGGGGCGGGGGCGAGGAGGGGGCCGAGGUGAGGGGCUGGCGGGGCAGCAAGGAGCCGGAUGGGGUGAGGGAACCACCCAGCCCAGCCCGUCACGGAGGCUGGUCCUCCCUGUUGUGUCAGGGGUACAAGAGGGGAACCAGAGAAGUGGGCCGCUGUCCCAAUCCUGCUACCCUCCUGGGGGUCCUGGGAAACCCCCUUCUGCUCCGAGGGACCUGGCCUAAGCUGUUUCCCACCCCAACUCUUUAACAGUCCAGCCUUGCCCAGCGGCCCGCGUGUGGAUCGUUCACCCUCGUAGGUGCGCUGACACAGCCGUAAGGCCCCUUCCACCCCGUCGGCCACAACUUGUAACCUCCGUUACUGUUCAUGGUUUACCCAGGAACUGGGUGCUGCCCACCGCAGAGGGUUUGGUCAGCGCGCGUGCAGACUGUCGGUAGCAUUUCCAAGCUGCUGGCGCUUAGACGCGUGGACUCCAGCCUUUGCCAACGUGCUGAGCUCCUUGGGCAUGCUCUCUCGCCCUAAAGUACUCCUUCUGUCACCGUGCCGGGCUUGUUUUUGUGCACAUGGGGAAAGCAGAAGCCGCUCCUGAGCACACGCCGCAGGCUGACUGCUGGGUCCGAUGGGCCUCUCAGCCUGGUCGCUGGGCCGCUGAGUCAGGCCGCUGUCACCCGGACGUGCAACUUCCGCGGCUCUUCAGCACGGGUUCUGGGUCCUUGUCUCCCCUCCUGCAGGCUGGGUGAACCUUUCUUUUCUGUCUAUAAAUUAAUCUCAGAACUGGGACCCUUGCAGCCCCUCCAGAAUCACAGGAUUUUUGUCAAACAUUAAAGUGUAUAUAAACACAGCUCAGAAACCAUAAAUGAUGGGGCCCUUCCCCAA